AUGCCUUCGACGCAAUUGUUGCCAUCGUCCUCAGAUUCUAAUACUACUGAACCUCUACAUGUAAUUGCCACCACUUCUAGUUUGGACAAUCUUCCCAAAUCUGCAGUGAGGAGAGGUUCUUCCGGAGAUGGCUCGGGAUUCGAUGAGAAUCAUGAAACUAUAUCCUUCCAGUAUCCCUGGUCUUUAAGAGUAUGUCAAAGAUUACUGGAAAACAACGAGGCUGCUGUUCUCAAUGUUUCUCCUCCAUUCACUACAUCAUUCAACGGAGUUCAGUUCACCUGGGCAUUACGGCUAUCGGACGAAUGUGUUGUUUCUCAAAGUGACUCCGAUCCGUCUGUUCCAUAUAUUUUCAUUCAUAUAUAUUAUAAAGAUGGCCCUUGUCAGGAUGUUAUUGUGGAAGAAGCGAAAGCCCACAUAUCAUGCUCCCAAACUGGCGAAGUGUUGUUCAGUGACCUUCAGUUAGGACUCAAAGAGUUUACAAAGGGAAGUGGCUGGCCUUUAAAAGUCGAAGACGAGCGUCAGUCCGCGUUCACUUGCUUCAUUCAACAACGCAUUGAUUGUGUUCUAAACGUUGUCGUUACCAUUAAAUUGAAGACAACUCUGUUUGAGCCUUUCAAUUAUCUGCCAGACGUUGAAACAAGUCAAAGAAUUGAGCGGCAUUGCUUACAGUUCAUUCAAAAUGUACAGGAAAGUAACAUGAUCAUUCCAGAAGCUGACAGGCUUGUUAGCCAGAAUAAAUUUUCAAUGCACCGGCUUGUAUUCCUCCACGGAUGUGACUUAGUUGAAAGAGAAUGUUCGGAGGAUAGAACUCGGGAGCCAUGCGAGCAUUUCCUCAACUUGGUUCGAAGCACUUUUGCUCGAGUUUAUUUUAACAAAAUUUUGAUGAAAGAAGUUGAGUGUUUGGAAGAUUUCGUAACUUUAUUGGAAGGAGUAAUUGAAGCUCACAUUCCGCCUCUGCGUCGUGAACUAGAACGGUUUAUAUGCCAGGAAGUAUUGGAAUCUACCGAUUCCGAGUUCACGAAAAAAAUGUUAUUACUGUCCCAGAAAUUCUCCUUGGAUGUAUUGAAAAUGGUAGCAACGGGUGCUUUAGUAGAUCAAAUUAUUGCCCAUUCCAAUCCUCCAGCGAAAUUGGCGAACAUUACCCACGACUUAAAGCAGUUCGCCAGUGAAAUGGAUGACCAGAUGGGUCCCGAAGUUUCUGGAGAUGUUUUGGUCGGUUCUGUUGUGGAAGACUUACAGUCAUUAACUAGAAGAGUACGUCGAGUCUCACUCUCGCAUUCACCAUCUGUUAGCUCACAGGGAAGUAGUCCUGUUGCCACACCAAGUGAUGUCGAUUCGUUAUCGCCAGCUGUUUCUGAUCAGAGGCCCUUUGAUCAGGGACGGUUCAAGAAAGUAGAGAUAGCAUGA